AUGAGCAGCGACCGGAGCGCGCCCGGACGGCCGGGCUGGGCGGGCAGUCUCCUUGGCGGCCGGGAGGCGGCGGCGCGGCCGCGACUGCUGCCGCUGCUCCUGGUGCUUCUGGGCUGCCUGGGCCGCGGCGCAGCGGCGGAGGACGCAGAAGUCAAUGCCGAGAACUGGCUGAGGCUCUACGGCUACCUGCCCCAGCCUAGCCGCCACAUGUCCACCAUGCGCUCUGCCCAGAUCCUGGCCUCAGCCCUCGCCGAGAUGCAGCGCUUCUAUGGGAUUCCGGUCACAGGCGUGCUUGACGAAGAAACCAAGGCGUGGAUGAAGCGACCCCGCUGCGGGGUGCCAGACCAGUUUGGGGUGCGCGUGAAAGCCAAUCUGCGGCGACGGCGGAAACGUUAUGCCCUCACUGGGAGGAAGUGGAAUAACCACCACCUGACCUUCAGCAUCCAGAACUACACAGAGAAGCUGGGAUGGUACCACUCACUGGAGGCAGUGCGAAGGGCCUUCCGUGUGUGGGAGCAGGCCACGCCCCUGGUCUUCCAGGAGGUGCCCUAUGAAGACAUCCGGCUGCGGAGGCAGAAGGAGGCUGACAUCAUGGUACUCUUUGCCUCUGGCUUCCACGGCGACAGCUCACCAUUUGAUGGCACAGGGGGCUUUCUGGCCCACGCCUAUUUCCCUGGCCCUGGUCUGGGCGGGGAUACCCAUUUCGAUGCAGAUGAGCCCUGGACCUUCUCCAGCACCGACCUGCAUGGGAACAGCCUCUUCCUGGUGGCCGUGCAUGAGCUGGGCCAUGCGCUGGGGCUGGAGCACUCCAGCAACCCCAGUGCCAUCAUGGCGCCCUUCUACCAGUGGAUACCCCCUCAGCCACCACCCCCAGGCGGGAAGCCGGAGCGGCCCCCAAAGCCAGGCCCCCCAGCCCAGCCCCGAGCCACGGAACGGCCUGACCAGUAUGGCCCUAACAUCUGCGACGGGGACUUUGACACAGUAGCCAUGCUGCGUGGGGAGAUGUUCGUGUUCAAGGGCCGCUGGUUCUGGCGGGUCCGGCACAACCGCGUCCUGGACAACUAUCCCAUGCCCAUUGGGCACUUCUGGCGUGGCCUGCCCAGUGACAUCAGUGCUGCCUACGAGCGCCAAGAUGGACGCUUUGUCUUUUUUAAAGGUGACCGCUACUGGCUCUUCCGAGAAGCCAACCUAGAGCCCGGCUACCCACAACCGCUGACCAGCUACGGCCUGGGCAUCCCCUACGACCGCAUCGACACGGCCAUCUGGUGGGAACCCACAGGUCACACCUUCUUCUUCCAAGAGGACAGGUACUGGCGCUUUAAUGAGGAUACACAGCGUGGAGACCCUGGCUACCCUAAGCCCAUCAGCGUGUGGCAGGGGAUCCCUACCUCCCCCAAAGGGGCUUUCCUGAGCAACGAUGCAGCCUACACGUACUUCUACAAGGGCACCAAGUACUGGAAGUUUGACAACGAGCGCCUGCGAAUGGAGCCGGGCUACCCCAAAUCCAUCCUGCGGAUCAUGGCUGCCAAGAGCAUCGCGAAUGGACCCCGAUGGCUCAGAUGUGGUUCAAUCAUUUCUUCAACCUCCCGGAGUGAAGUAGAGCCCCAAGGAAGCGGUGAAGCCGGUGGCGAUGAGGGUCAGCGAGGCCGGGCGCUGGUGCUGGCGGAGAGGGACUCGGGAGGGACAGGUGAGGACGGGGCAGCCGAGUGGUGGUGCAGGCUGGAGGAGGUCACGCUGACAGUGAACAUGGCGAUGGUGCUGGCGCCACCAGCUGCUGCUGCCCUCUGCAUCCUGGGCCUCACCACGCCUCCUUGCAGAUGCAUGAAGGCGCCUCACAAGAUGCUCCUUACUAUUGCCCUCUGGCUCGGGCACAGCCAGGAGGGACCAGAGGGUCAGGAAGGCCCAGUUGGAGUAGCUGAGGCUGGUUUUGAGGGGCUCCUCUCACCCUGA